AUGCAAUUAAAAAGCCUUUUCGCUAUGGCGGUCAUGAUUAUUUGGUCAAAUUUGGCAUUUGCUGCUGAUGAUGAAGAGGAAGGUUAUACGACGAUCAAUGCUGUAUCAGCAAAUACAAACACUUACGGAAGUUUUGCUGCAUGGGGAGCUUUCAUUAAAUGUACAUUCAAUACUGCUCGUGCUGUCAAAGAUGCGGUCAAUAUUUCUUUAGCUGCUUACGGUGGAGCUAAUGGAGUAGGUGUAUCCGCACGUGAAGAUAUUCUUGAUCAAAUUUAUGAACAUUAUAAUCAAAUUCCAGCUUUGGAAGUUUAUGGCGUAGAUUUUGAUUACAAUCCCAACCAAAGGAGAGAUGAUAAUGGUCAAAAUAAUGCUAUCAAGAUAACACUCGUUGCCCCAUCUGCAAACAAUUUGGUCUUACAUACUGUUGUACAUGAUGAAAAAUUUGGAGCUUACACAUAUGGAAAUACAUUACCCGCUAAUCAAACUUCAGAAUUGGGAAAAAGAGCUGAUUAUUGUAAACAAGGAACAGUAUGUCAUGAGACUUACUCCGAAUAUUUCAACCAGUACUUCAUAGGAGCUGAUGUUUGCAAGCAGGACUGGUUUAGACUCACCGACAUGGGGGGUAGUUGGUCUGAGAAUACCGUCGGACAUUUGAGAGGAAAUGACUACUGCUCGGAUUACUACAAAUUGUACAUGGAUCACGGUUCUUAUCAAGACUGGGUUGCUAGUUGGAGGGUUUACCAGGGUUCUGGAAGUUUUACUUGGUCAAGAUGUGAUACAGGCCACUAG